CAUGCCGGCUCAAGUGUGCGCCAUGGCUGCAUUGGGCAUUGCCCAUAUCAGCUUGAAGUUGCAGAGGAGACGGACGUAGCUGAUCAAUAGGGCUCAUAAGCCAUGAAAAGAGAAGCGAUCAAUUGCCUUGCAAGAAUUCGGAAGAGGAGCCACUCCAGCGGGUUUGCUGCCCUGGGGGCCGGGUCCUGACAUGCAAGGCGGUUAGUGAAGCGCCAGCGCAUUUAAUCUCCUCAAAGCAGAAGCAGCUCCAGCUGCGGACCCAUCAUGGAGCGUCCGCUCAUUGACAGCCGCCGCAGCUCGCCAGGUGGCAGUCGUUCAGCGGCUGCCAGGGACUCCCCUCCUAGCGCCCUCACCAUCGAUCGAAGAGGAAACGCAUUCAAAACAGGCUCCAAUGUGCAGCAAGCGGCUGCGCUGGUUGAUAUAGCCUAUGACGGCGAAGGGCUACCUGAGUCAUUUCUUGAGAGCCCCCACUUUUCUGAGAAGGCGUCUUACUAUCUCGUUUACAAUGCUGCCGGGCCCUUGUGGCUCGCAACGUAUGCGGCCCUGCUUCUGCUCAACUUUGUAGAGGUACCCUCUUGGUGCCUCAACAAUCAUGAGCAAUAUUGCGGGAAUCCUAAAGAGUACUGGCUGGGCGACGUGCCAUACCUUCCCCCCAACGUCUUCCUUGUCGUUGAGCUUGUCAUUUUCCUACUCCUUGCGGCACACAUCCUCUUUCCACUCCUAUAUGCUGGGCCCAAGCUCUAUCAGGAGAGCCCCAAGGAUGCCAUCAGCACAGGGCUCUUACUGCUCCUGGGCUUAGACAUCAUCCGUCAGAUGCUGUUCUGGUGGACGCAAUUUCCUGUAGUGGAACCGCAGGCAGUGAGACUCGCGCCGUACCUGCGUGUGUUGAUCUUCCUGGUCUCGGUCAAAGAGAUGCGGGACAAUCUUUGGACGGUGGUGGCUGUCGUUCCUAAGUUCUUGGACAUUUUCAUCCUGGGUUUCGUCUUCCUGGUGUUCUCCUCGUGGCUGGCAUAUGUGCUCUUUGAGGAUACUCUUCAGGGGAGGAAGGAGUUCCCGACUUUUGGCAUCACCUCCCUCAAGAUGUUCAUCCUUCUCACGGGCUCAAAUAACCCAGAUGUCUGGCAAACGGCGUAUGAGCAGCACCGCGCAUACAGUCUCUUCUUCGUCCUCUACCUCCUGUUGGGCCUUUACUUCCUUACGAACCUCACUCUUGCUGUCAUCUUCGACAGCUUCAAGAAUCAGUUGGGCUACGCUCGCAAAGCCAUUGAAGAGAACAAGCGUCGCGUGCUGUCCCGCGCCUUCUCGUUCGUCGACGAGCAAAAGCGGGGCUUCAUCGACAGCGACCAGCUGACUGCCUUAAUGAACGCGCUCAACUUGUACCGGGCGGUGCCCCACAUCGAGAAGGACGACAUGCGCCACAUCUUUUUGGCGCUGGACGACUCGGGGGACUACAAGAUCCAGGAAGACGAGUUCUCGGACGUCUGCGAGGCGAUCGGGACCAAGUUUAUUAAGCUGGACGAGCCGCCGUUUCUGCAGAUCGUGGCGCCCGGUGUCUUCAACAGCCGCGCCUUCACCGCGGUGCGGGACUUUGUGAAGGACCCGCGCUUCGACCGGUACGUGAUGACGUCAGUCCUGCUGGCCAAUCUGGUGACUGUGGCCAUCGAGACGACGCUCGACAUGGAGAACCUGCCCUCGCAGGCCAUCUGGCAGAAUAUCGAGUACGUGUUUGGGUGGGUAUACGUCCUGGAGGCGUUGCUCAAGGUCAGCGCGCUCGGCUUCUGCAACUACUGGCGGCAGGGCGCCAACCGCUUCGACUUUCUUAUCACGUGGAUCAUCUUGAUUGGUCAGACGGCGCUCAUCCUAGACCCGCACCAGACUGUCGCUAGCAAGGAGUGGAUCCGUUACUUGCUGAUUGGGCGCAUGCUGCGCCUCUUGCGGCUGCUGACGUACAUCGAGCGCUACCGCGCGAUCGUGAACACGUUCCUGAAACUCGUUCCCGCGAUGGGGCCUCUCUUCGGGGUCCUGUUUGGUUUCCUCUCGCUCUUCACCAGCCUCGGGAUCCACCUUUUCGGGGGGUUGGUGUACGAGAGCAACCCCCUGCUGAAGUCGACCCCCCUGAGCGACCACAAGCCGUACAACUUCAACGACUACUCCGCGGGCAUGGUCACGCUCUUCAACCUGUUGUGCCAGGCCAGCUGGCAGGAUUGGAUGGAGGGUUACGCCGUUUUGAGCGGACACCGCGCGCUCGCCCGGGCGUUCUUCCUCACCUUCAUUGCCCUGGGGACGUACCUGGUGAUGAACGUCUUCGUCUCAUUCGUCAUGGAGGCGUUCACCGUUGAGAUGGAACUAGCGGCGGCGGAGAAAAAGGAGGAGGCGUGGCGGAGCGGGGGGCGGUUGAACCUGAGCGUUGCGCGCCAUGGGGCUAAUGUUAGGCCGGAAUCGAGCCCCAUGGAACGGUUGAUGGAUAAGAUGUUUGGGGAGGGGGAGGGAGACGAGGAUAAGGAUAGCGCUGACCCAGGAGUGUGAAUACGGGUCAUGAAUGUAAAGAUAAGUUUUUUUGGAGAGGCUGACGAUGCCCGUCAGCGUUUAUUCGCAUAGUACUUCAGGUUCGCCCGCAAGUCAGCAGUCAUUGUGAGCUGCACUCACUUUGUAGUAUAAACCAAAGCGCGCGCAAUCAGUUGCUGAGGAAGAUAUAGUACGCGUCAGCUGUUGCAGCUGAGCUCGAUGGGCGUUGCAGAGCUUUUCUUAGCAUAAAGUCACGAAGCGGUAAGUACUAUUCAGUAAGGUGGAUUUGGAUGGCUGCAUAUGACCUCCCUGGAGCUAUAUCAUUUUGAGACCCCAUGCGCACGUGUAAUCAGGUAAUGCUCUUCUUUGGGUCACUUUUGGAAAAGCCUAGCUGCCUCCGAUUGAGUGAGCUUGAUCGAAU